AUGCUAGACACCCCCGGCACCACAGUACUAACUUAUACUCCCAAUGGCAAACAAUUAAUUACUGCCGGGUCUAACUCUGGAAUUCGAGUGUUCUCAACUGGCGAGCAUGGCGAACCGAAGACGAUCGAUGAAGGGAUGGAGAGCCAUCUGGCAAUUGCAGCAACUAAUGAAUCCAUGAUACUGGGAUCUGAAGAUGGCACAGUAUGGCUUUACAAACUGCAAGAAGCCACAAUGGAUAAGCCAUUGGCUCGUUGUGCAUUACCAGUUCGAGACCUGGCGAUCUCCAAGGACGAGGAAUGGGUUGCUGUUGCUAGCGAUGAGCUCACCGUCAAGAUCGUGAAUAUUAACGAUAUUACAGAGGUCAAAUAUUUGCGAGACCAAACAAAAGGAGUCAAGCAUGUGACAUUUGAUCCUAGCGGGCGAUUUAUCACAGUGUCUUGCGCUGAUGGAAUUAUCUACAUUUACUCAUUCACGGAAACGGAACCUACCCUGCUGCAUAAACUUGAUGGGGUGAUUCGACAACUUGAAACAGAUAACGAGGCCACAUCAAGCGCCGUUUGGCACCCAGAUGGAACUGCAUUUGCUGCAGUAGAGGCCACAAGAGAUAUCACAGUAAUAUCGUGUAGGGAUUGGACUAAGCAACGGAAAUUCUCUGGUGGUCAUAAUGGAGAUGUUACCUGUCUCGCCUGGUCUCCUAACGGGGCAAUGCUUGCAAGUGCUGGAGCUGACCGCAAAAUUCUCCUCUGGGAAACCAGGACCCAAAAAGUCAUAAAGACAUACGAUAUUCCAAAUGUUAUUAAUUUCCGCUGGCAUCCCACCCAGAAUAUUGUUGCAUUUACUACUUCGGAUGGAGAGCUGUUUAUUUACGAGGAUUUUAUCCCGUCGGAAUUUCACUCACUUCUAGCGAAGACCUUGGAAGUGGCACCGUUACUCUCAAUUGGUUCCCAUGAAGAGAUCACAUUCCCUCAUAGAUCCCAACGACAUGAUACCAGUAAUCUUUCUGGAAACAGGCCGAGAGGAGGAAGCCCGGACUCUCUUGAUGACAUCCUGGGGCCAGCAGAUGAUGAAGAUGAUUUUGUUGAGGAUGACGAUGGUGCAGGCUACACCGAAAACGUCAAUGGCCUUGGAAAGAGGACUAACACACAUAUGGAUGAGUUAUUUGGUCAUGAAACAAAACGGAGACCAACGGCCCCUUGGAAGACUAUAUCUCAUGAACCCUUUCAGCCAGGCAGCACCCCAUGGAGAGGCAACAGAAGAUAUCUAGGUAAGUUUGUAAUUGUUUACUUCGGUAGAGUCCUUGCUAACGAAACCGUAGCGUUGAAUCUUGUUGGGUUUGUAUGGACUGUUGAUCAAGACACGCACAAUACUGUCACUGUGGAGUUCUACGACCGGGAACGUUAUCGUGACUUUCAUUUCACGGACCCAUAUCUCUAUGACAAGGCCUGUUUGACUCCAGCCAUCCAGCAACCGUAUUUUACCGGCCACAUGAAACAUGGACAACAAGAGCAGACUGGCGGACAGAACUUCCACCGGGAGAGAAGAUUACUUAAGAGUCAAACAGUGACCUGCGCAGCAUGGCGAGACUAUAUCAUCACCAUCGGGAAUGGCCCUGCAGGUAGUGAUGGAGUCGCACAAUUGAAGUACUCCAUCGAGAACGUCCGACGUGACGAGAUAUGCCAAAAUGAGGACGCUGUUGCACUAGCAGGAGGGACGCGGCUGCAAAGCGUAUUUUUUUCAGACAAGGGCGACCCCUGCAUAUAUGACAGCUCGGGGGUUCUCCUUGUGUUGCAGCAUUGGCGGAAACCAGGACAGGCCCGCUGGGUCCCGCUCCUUGACACGAAGCUGCUUGAACGUGUUGCCAGUGGCCGCAAGGAAGAAACCUAUUGGCCAGUUGCUGUUGCACAGGAUGUUUUCCACUGCAUAAUCCUAAAGGGUGGGGAUAAGUAUCCCUACUUCCCACGACCGUUGCUCACCGAAUUCGACUUCCAAAUACCGAUAUCCUGCAUUUCAUCCAAGGAAAAGAGCAACAAAGAUGGAGACAUGGAAAUGGAAGACGCUGAAGAAGCUGCGAGGAACAAUAACAGGAAAUUACAAGAGUCUCUUGUCAGGGCGAGUUUAGACUACACUCUUCUGGAGGACUGCAUCACGGCGUCCGAGACCGGGGCAGCUGGAGAUGCUGAGCUGAGGAGGAGAGCGCUUGAUAUUGACAAGAUUCUCCUGCAGUUGCUUGCUGUCGAAUGCCGCGAGGGUGAGGAAAGGGGUAUGAAAGCCCUUGAACUUGUUACCAUGCUCCGAGACCGCUCUGGGAAGAUGCUAGAUGCUGCUAGCAAGAUUGCACAACGCUAUCAGAGAUCUAUACUCGAUGACAAGAUCAGGGCCAUCGCAGAACGAAGACUGAUGGGCGAGGAUGAUAAUGACAUCACCGGGGAUAACAACGAUAUAUAA